CGAGAUCAUUGGAUUUGUACAUAUUUUUGAUCAUUGGAUUUGUACACUGUAAACAAGCGGACGGUUUAAAUUUGUUUCCCUGAAUUUCCUGGACAAAAGCGUGAUUUGAAUAUUAAGAGGAAGGAACACAUUGACAGGAGAACAGAAAGUGUUCGGAACAACACUUGUUUUUGAUUUUGAGCAAUGGAUGACACGGACAGUAGUUUACAGUUCAGUGAGGAUGACAUCCGUCAGCAAUUGGCCAUGCUGGGAUACCACAACAUUCCAGCGGCACAACUCCAACAGUUUGCUCAAGAUUUGGACCAGUUGAUCAAAUAUGACACUGACAGAGAAGGACCGAGUGAAGCCUCUUCUGCAUCUGACUCGGAUUACACUGCAGAAGAUCUGCGAUUGCCACUCAGGCAUCAUCAUAUGCCGUCAUCAUCAGCCGCCGGUAGACGGCCAGUGUCGGCCCCUAGCAAGACAUCAAGGGUACAGACAAGGCCGGUACGAACCAGACAAUCCCCAAGACUGGAAUCAAGCAAGAAAACCAGUUACCCUGCCAAGCAUCCACAGCCAUUCAGCUACAAAUAUGGUGAUACAUCCCCUGGGGGUCUGGACACAACAGAUGACAGUACCCCUGGCAGAGAGAGGUCAGGAAGGAGGAGGUCGGUCGAGAAGAAACCAGCCAUGAAGAGGAAAGUGGUCAGGAAGAUGAACGGCGAAUCACAGGUGUUUGAUGAGUCCAUCACAGGAAGUGAAUCAGGAGACUUACACGAGGUCAACGACCGUUUGUCUCGCUUGGCCUUGAGACAAGACGCACAGGGCUCUGAAGUCGAUGAUGAGGAUGCAGACACUACGCUGACUGAGACUGAUGAUAGCUCUAGCCUGAUGGGUCUCAUUUACACAAGAAGACCACACUCCUCCACAGAAUUGUAUUCUCACCGGCCAGCAGGGGAUGAAAACACAGUGUUCAAGCCCCACCUCCCUAGAUCAUUCAUAAGACCAGACUCUGCCCAGCCACGGACGAAGCAUGACAAGAAGACUGACCCAGUCUCAAGACAUCAAAUGUACAAGGCAGAGUGGAGUAACCACCGAGCACCGGGAGAGAAGAACAGGAAUGACCUAAGAUGGAGUAUCAGGGAGCAGAUGAUGUACAAGGACACAGUAGCCUAUCCAAGACGCACGCCUCGCGUCUUCUCGGCCAACAACUACGUGGUCCCUACAGACAAGAAGAGGCAAGCCUUGAGAUGGGCUGUCAGGACUAGUCUGGCCCACAAACAGAUGCCAGCGUCUACAUUCUACUAAACAAA